AUGAGUUAUGAGAAAUUACAAGUAAAUUCUAAGAGGAAAAAAUAUUAUGAUAUGAAGUUGGUUAAAAUUUUAAACGUGCGAAUGUCUCUGAAUUUAAAGAUGGAAGUAAGAACUCAACGAUCGAAAGAAAAUUGGUUAAAUUCGACUUGGGUAAAUGGUAUUGACGAGUAA